AUGUCAGGAGCCCAAGGAACUCUGCCGCCGGGAAGCACGACGGCGACAACAUACCAUUCUGUGCCGGGAGGAGAGAACCAGAGUCGAAUGGAUAUUCACUCGAAAGAGGACGAGGGUAAGGUUCAGAUUGACAAACUACAAGACAAGGUGGAAGAUUGUGCCGGACGUGGUGGCCCCAUUUUCGGUGAUGCAGUGUCAGCCACCGUUGAAGCUCAAGAACAAGGCCGUCAAGACAAGCCAGACCCUGGCGUUACCGGCACCGGAUAG